UUAAAGCUGUCUUUGCUAAGGAUACAAAGUCAUUUUCAUAUCAAUUUGGUUCUUCCAUUUAUACCUAGAUUUGCUUCUCAUUGUACAUUCUAUCUCUUCUUAUUCGUAGAAAAAAGAAACGAUUUUGUCUUUUUUUCAUUGGAGCAAAGGCCCUUAGCUAUAUGGAAUAUUUUUUUUUUUGUGUGCAUUAAAAAUUACAUUCUUCCAAUAUGGAACUACUCCUUUUUCGGAUGCUUCCACAUUUACUUCUCCGUACUCUUGCUUGUUUUAGUUUCAAUAGAGAAAGCCUUGCAUAUUGGCUAGUAGUUAAGAUGUAGAAAGCUCAAAAAAGGAACUCUUUGAUACUUGAAAACUUGUGUGAUGAAAGCACAAAGAAUGCCUUAGCAUUCUGCAAUUCUCACUGACCUUGUUAAAUAUGUUCUGAAAGUUUUGAAGCUUUAUGAGAAACCCCCUAUCUAAUAAUCUACUUACUUUUCUUCGUUCCACUAAGCGAUAGCAGAGAGAUGCAUACUGCACUUUUCAGAUAAGCACUAAAGUUGUGUUUUCCAAUUUGCAAAUUUACAACCAAAUAAAGCUUGAGUUCUUGAUGGAACUUGCCUGUUGAUUGCUCUUGUAUCCUAGACAAUCCAUGACAUACUGCACGUUUGCAAUUUAGACUCCUAUGAACUGUGAUUCUGGAAGUUUGAGAUACACUCCCCAUUUUCUUGCCAUCUGACAUAAUUUCUUUGCUCUCUUGCCAUGAGAUUUUUAUUAGUUAAUGUUGGGAGAUCCGUUCUUGAAUGCAUCUUGUAGAAUCCCGAAAGUUGUCUCAAUUCAACUUGUUCAUGAUUUGUUGAAUUCGUACUGAUUGGUACUUUUACUUGCAUAGUCCUCGAUAGAUGGGAUCUACAUUAGAAAUUGAAUGGGUUCCCUAAGAUAAAUCAAGACUUUCAAUUUUUAUCUUAUUUACAUGUAUAUGUCGUAUGCCGUGGUACAUUUCAUAGCAUAAACAUAAAUAAGAUCAUGAGCCAGUAUGAAAUUGAGUGAAAUUUUGCAAAAAAAUACCCCACCUGUUUUUGUUUCCCAAGAAGAGAUGGGGAACAUGCUCAAUAUCAUUUGAUUGAAUAGUUGCCUCGGCUCCUUGUUUGAAGAAACCCUCCACUUCAAUUGGUAUUUUUUCACAAAAAACAAGCUUGAGAUAACAAAUAAAGUGUUUAACAAAGAUUUCGAAUUUGUCCCGAAUUCAAGUUGAUUAUGUUUCGCUUCUUCCCUAGAGAAAGACGAUCAAACAAUUCCAAAUCAUGGUCCUUGCGGAUCAGAUCCUCUGUAUCCCUAUAGGAUACAAAACGAUACUCCAUAUAUUUGAUAUCUUUCCGUUUGAAUGAGAUCUCAAUUCCAGCUGGUAAAUGGAAUAUACAGAAUUGGUGAUCGAUCAAAUAUUGCAAAGCACUGGUAUUUAUUACAGUUCAGAAUUGGACCAAAACUGGAUUUCUGUUUAUUCUGGCACCAUAUUAUCAGAUUGGGGAGGAAGAUUAGAAUUAGAGAUUGAUAGAAAAGCAAGGAUAUGGGCCCAAGUGAGCAAGAAACAAAAAAUUUAUAUUCUAGUUCUCCCACCAGCUAUGGGUUUGAAUCUAAGAGAAAUUCUAGACAAUGUUUGCUACCCGGAAAUUUUAUUGUAUUUCCUGAGUGAGAAAGAGACUUUGCCCAUAUCUGCAUGUUCUUCAAUUAUGUUUAUACCUCCGAGAGGAAAUAAAGCGGUUUGGUGGUACACUAUAUGUAUAUGGUUAUUGUAACUUCAAAUGACCUAUGUAUUUUGUUAUAAUUUCCAAUUGGACAAUCCAUCAAUACAAUUGGAAGAUGGUUCUAACUGGAUAAAUAUUUUUGAUUUUCACUGGAGACUAGGAAUUGAUGGACUUUCCCAUUUUAUUGACGCGAUGCAUCACUACUUUAGCUACUUUAGCGGCUUGGCCAGUUACUUGAAAUUCACGAUUAUCCCAUUUGUCGAUGUUAGCAAUGUAUAGCGGUUUAGUGUAUAUUGUAUUAGUAAUUUUUAGAUGUUUGAUUUUUCAUAUUCAUAGUACUAAUAUAAUAUAUCCUAUAACAUAUUUUGGAAUGAAUUUACAUCGUGUGGAAUAUGAAAUAUUCUAUUCAAUUCAACAACUAUAUAUUAAAUUGAAGGGAAGAUAUGACUCAGAGAACAAUUAUGAGAAAUUAGAAAGAAAAAUCAGAAAUUCGGAUUAGAUCACAUUGUAUCCGAUAUGAAAUAUGAACUUUAAAUUGUGAUUAUGGAGUAACAUGUAGUCUUUGAAUGUUACGUCAUGAGUCUGGGUCAUGCCUAUUUGGCAUUUUGAGUUUUAUUUAUUUAGUUCAAUGAAUGGCAUGUAAUGGAUUAAUUUAUUUUACUUCUUAAUUGUUAGCCUCUUAGAGAAGAAUAGACACAACAAACUAUGUUACCCUUUAUCAAACAACUUAAACAACUACUAUAUUAGUACUAAACUAAACUGCCUACUAUCGCAUAAAUCAUGGCCGCUUGGUGCAUCGGAACCCCCCACCUUAUCGACUCCACAUCCCACUGUUGAUAACAUUGAUGCUGUUGAGUGACACUUUGUGCUUUUCUGUGUUAUUAUGAGUGAUUCAUUUCUAGUUGUUCAGAGGUUACUGGUACUUUGUUAUUUAACUGCUUAGUGCAUGGGUUUUUUGGCUUUGGAUAACAUUGGGAUUCAGAUGACUGUAGUUUCUCUCAAGGUAGAAGAUGCUGUUAUGGGCUGUGACUUUCAUUAUUGGGAGAAUAGUACUGGAGUUAAUUCAAAUUGAAUUCAUAUUUCUUGGAUUAAAUCUUGUUUUAUGUUGUCAUCUUGAAGUUCUAAAUUCAUAUUUUCAGAGUGGCAUUAAAAAAUAUUUAUCUUCUAGACUUCUGUGUUCUCUGUCCUUAAGGGAACUACUUUUAAAUGGUUUCCGUGUACCAUGGUGUUAUGGAUGUAUAAGACAUUCUUCUCUGUAUGGAUUAUUGAACAAUUUUCUUACGGCUCUGACACUCUAUUUGUUUGAACCAUCAAACAUUUUUCUGGCAUGCUUGGUAGUGGUUGACAAAGCUCAUGAUAACCAGUGAGUCGUGCCUACUGUUUUUGCUAUGCUAUGCUUAAUAUCACAGCUAAG